AGGAGCGGGAGCCGGAGCCGGAGCGGGAACGGGAGAGGUGGGAGGAACGGCGGCGCAGCUCGAGGGCGGUAAUGGCUGACUGGGCCGAAGUGCUGCGGUUCAGGUACAGCGGUUGAAGCGGCGAGACGCUGCUUGGUGUUGAUGCCAGAACGACUUACUGUUAACGUACGAAAGUAAAAAAAAAAAAAAAAAAAAAAAAAAAAAAAAAAACCUUCACAAUGUCUAAGAACAAGAGUUCGGAGUCUGUGAAGGUGGUGGUGCGUUGCCGGCCGAUGAACGAAAAGGAGAAAGCGGCUAAUUUUGAGAAGGUGGUGUCGAUGGAUGUGAAGCUGGGUCAGGUGGUGGUGAGGAACCCCAGGGGCACAUCCCAGGAACACCCAAAAGUGUUCACUUUUGACUCGGUCUACGACUGGAAUUCCAAGCAGGUGGAACUCUACGAUGAGACAUUCCGGCCUCUUGUGGAUUCUGUUCUGCAGGGAUUUAAUGGCACUAUCUUUGCAUAUGGCCAAACGGGCACAGGAAAAACAUACACAAUGGAAGGGGUGCGCAACGACCCUGAGAAAAGAGGAGUUAUUCCCAACUCUUUUGAGCACAUUUUCACACACAUAUCACGUUCACAAAACCAGCAGUAUUUAGUGCGAGCCUCAUACCUGGAGAUCUACCAGGAAGAGAUCAGGGAUUUACUGUCAAAAGACCAAUCCCGGCGUCUGGAGUUGAAGGAACGACCGGACACGGGGGUUUAUGUCAAGGACCUGUCUUCUUUUGUCACCAAGAGCGUCAAAGAGAUAGAACGUGUCAUGAGUCUGGGAAACCAGAACCGGUCAGUUGGGGCCACAAACAUGAAUGAACACAGCUCUCGCUCUCAUGCUAUCUUUGUCAUCACCGUUGAGUGCAGUGAGAUGGGUCUGGAUGGAGAGAACCACAUUCGUGUUGGCAAGCUCAACCUCGUGGACCUGGCAGGCAGCGAGAGGCAGACCAAGACGGGGACUCAGGGGGAACGGCUGAAAGAAGCCACCAAAAUAAAUCUUUCCCUGUCUGCUCUGGGCAACGUUAUCUCUGCACUGGUGGACGGCAAGAGCACGCACAUCCCGUACCGUGACUCCAAGCUCACCCGACUUUUGCAGGACUCUCUGGGGGGUAACGCAAGGACUGUGAUGGUGGCCAACAUUGGUCCAGCCUCAUAUAAUGUGGAGGAGACUCUGACCACCCUGCGGUAUUCGAACCGUGCCAAGAACAUAAAAAACAAGCCUCGCAUCAAUGAGGAUCCAAAGGAUGCACUGCUUCGUAAGUUUCAGGAGGAGAUUGCCCACCUUAAGGAGCAGCUGCAGAAGCGCUCAGGCAAGCGCAAGAAGAGGCGGAGGAGGAGGAGGCUUGGGGAAAGUGGGGAGGAGCUGGAUGAGGAGGAAGGGGAUGAGGAGGAAGAUGGGAGUGAUAGUGUAGAUGGAGAUGAAAAGGAGGAUGCAGACUACUGGCUGGAGCAGCAGGAAAAACUGGAGAAGGAGAGGAAGGCCAUCAUGGAAGAUCACAGCCUUGUGGCAGAGGAAAAGCUGAAGCUGCUAAGGGAGAAGGAGAAGAAGAUGGAGGACCUCAGGAGGGAGCAAGAAGCUGCAGAACUGCUGGCAGCUAAAGUAAAGGCCAUGGAGAGCAAGCUCCUUGUGGGGGGGAAAAACAUUGUGGACCACACUAACGAGCAGCAGAAAAUACUGGAGCAGAAAAGACAUGAAAUUGCUGAACAGAAACGCCGGGAGCGUGAGAUGCAGCAACAGAUGGAGUGCCGGGAUGAGGAGACACUGGAGCUCAAGGAGACCUACACCUCCUUGCAGCAGGAAGUGGACAUCAAGACCAAGAAGCUGAAGAAGCUCUUUGCCAAGCUGCAGGCUGUGAAGUCCGAGAUCCAGGAUCUUCAGGAGUUGCACAUCAAGGAACGCCAAGAUCUGGAGCAGUCGCAGAAUGAACUGACUCGAGAGCUGAAGCUCAAACAUCUGAUCAUUGAGAACUUCAUCCCCUUGGAGGAGAAGAACAAAAUAAUGAAUAGAGCAUUCUUGGAUGAGGAGGACGACCAGUGGAAGUUACGUCCCAUUACCCGCAUUCAGGAAAACCAGCAGAUGAUGACUCGGCCUGUGUCUGCCGUGGGCUACAGACGGCCCCUCUGCCACCAUGCCCGUAUGGCUAUGGUGAUGCGACCGGGUACGAGAUAUCGGGCGGAGAACAUCAUGCUGCUAGAGCUGGACCCUCCUACACGGACCACAAAGGAGUAUGAGGAGCCAGUCAUUGCGCCCAAGGUGGCAGCGGCGCUAGAAGAUGCCUUGCGGGAUGAGGAUGAGAUUCAGGUCGACGCGUCCGGCUUCCACAGCGUUGGCCUGCCUUUUACCAGUGCUGCUAUCAAGAAGCCAAAAUCCAGCAGUCGCCCAAAGACUGGAAAGAAGGCGAGCACCCCCAACUCUGCGCAGAGUCCAUCCAGCUCAGGACAUCCCCUCUACCCACAGUCCCGUGGGCUUGUACCUAAGUGAUCCCCAACUUGGGUCCUCAUUUCUCUGCCAGAGAGCCAUGGGGUGGAGCAGUAUGGCCUGCCUCACCUGACAUGUGAAACGACUGCAAUUCUUGGUGCAAGAGGAAACUCGCCUGUAUCCACCUGAAGAGACCUUAGAGACCUUUGCUGUUGUCAGUUGACUGUAGCUCUUACAUUAGUGUGCAGGACCGCAGCGUAGACAAAUUUGACGAUAUUCUAGAUGUCACUGAGGCGUGUGUCUUCAGUGUAGAUCAGAGUCUUGCAUUGACUUUUGGAGCAGGAAGUGUCUUCAGUAUGAGAGCCAGAGGACAGGCUUUCCUCCAGAAUAACUUGAAUCUAACAAAGGCCACAGUACACAAUAUAAACGUUGGUUGAAAAAGGAUGGCAGUUCCUCAAAGUGUCAUUCCCACCCAGACAUUUUUCAAAGAUUUUGAAGGACAUUUUCUUCAAGAGAUGAUAAUUAGCAGUACUAAGAAGGUCAGCUGCCAGUUGAGCUGACCUACACGUCUCGGCGCUUUCCUAGCUGGCACAUACUUGAGGCACUUUAAGACAACACUUGUAUACAUGGAAUUACUGUUUUUCGGGACAUGUGUAUUGUUCUGUUGGUUAUAUGUUCGGUCAAAUUUUAUGACAUUGCACAUGUUGAAAAAUAUGUGAAUGAUUCCAUACUGUUUUCAAAGCAUCUUGGCUGCUCUAGAAACGAGUCUUUUCCUGAAGCUGUGACGAAGAGAAUCCGUUUGGUCAGUCAUCUAUCACAGGUUUCUGCUCUCAUGGAGAGGGGCUGUACUGUGACUAGAACGCUAAUCAGACAGAGUAGAAUAGUAAUGUUCCACUCCUGUAGUACCCUUAAUGAAAGUACUUACCCUAGUACAAAUU